AUGGGUCCACCACCAGCAAAAAAGACCAAAAUCGAGAAAACCAAGACUCCGACCUCAUCGCACCAGGCAUCGGCUAGCACAACCGGCACUUCUCGCAAGAGAAAUACUAAAUAUGUUGAUCUCACAAUAACUUCUUCUGAAGACGAUGCCCAAAAUCUGGAGAAAGAGGGACGUGCAUCAGUUGCAUCAGACCUAGCAGAAUUGCCCGGAGAAGAAUCGCCUGGAGAAGAAACUUCAACCGAUGGACGUUCAUCAGUUGCAUCAGACGGUUCACACCUAGAAGAACUGCCUAGAGAAGAAUUUUCAGCCGACGACGAUCUGUAUGAUGCCUCACCUCCCAGAACAGUUACUAGACCGAAGGGAAAGCUUGCACCUCCCAAGCCUGUCCAGAAAGGCAAAAAGACUCUGAAAGGGAAAGAACGAGCUGUUGAGGAACUGGAGGAACAAGAAAAGAAUGAUGGUCACUUGUCAUCUGACGACAUACCGAAGAGACUUUUCGUAGCUCAUUAUACGGACACUCCAGAUCUACCACAAACUAGCACUGGGUUUAGAGCCCAAGACUUCAGUAGCGCCAAGAAGCCUCCCAAACAUAUCACCAUAUUCUCAACUCGGAAAAUCGCUAUAGCAUCAAUCAAGGAUAGUUCUAAACAUGGCGAACCAGACUACAAGUGGCAGGUUUACAAGAUCUCAGGCAAGAAACUUGCAAAAAGCUCGGCGCGCGUUUUUGAUGAUGCGAAGAAGAUGUCCGGCGCCAGAGCUGUCAAAAUCAAGACUCACUACAGUCCUGGUGACGCUUUCUACGUUGUUGGUGACAUUCCCAAGGAAUCUGUCAAAAGCUAUUCCCCUGUGUCGGAAGCUUACUGGUGGGAGAGGAGUCUGAGAGACGAAGUCAUUAAACAAAUUCGAGAGGGCAUUGAGGCUCAAGCUUUAGAGCUCAUAGAUUCUGAUUUAGUCAAACUGCAAGACCCGCAAGACCCGCAAGAUGUUCAAGAUGUUCAAGAUGUUCAAGAUGUUCAAGACGAACAAGAAGAGCAGAAUGGCCAAAACAGCAGCCCCGACGACGGCGUACACAAAGUGGUUAAAAUACUUAUACAUCGACCACUAAAAGCGACAAGAGGUGGCCAUCAUGUGGAUUAUCUGAUUCUCUGGGAAGGGCAUUUGCGACGAGAGGAGCAGCAGUCGUGGGUGAAAACCAGGGACGUUAGUCCUGAUCUCAAAACAAAAUAUUGGAAAGCCUAUAGAGAAUUGAGAGAACGAAUUGAGCUAGCCAACAAGUAUGAGAGCACACCACUUGAAGCUGAAGACGCGCAACAAUCGGAGGGUGAGUUCGAAGAGGAUCAAGACAUGGAAGAUGAUUAG